AUGCAGUUGUGGGAGCAGGUUCAGGGCCUAGAGCUCCAGGGUGAAGGGCUCUGGUUGGGAGCUGUUAUGAUAAAAGCUGCCUUUCUGGAUGCCUGCUGUCUGCCCACGGUGUGCCCACAACUUGCCAGCACAUGCCCACCUUGUACCAGCACCGCCUGCAAGGUCUCUGAAUGUGUCACCAGCCGCAAGGCAGGAGGCCUCUGCAACCUGUGUCCAGACAGGGCCAACAAGGAGCACAUCCUGCAGACAGGGGGCAUCCCCCUCAUCAUCAACUGCCUGUCCAGUCCCAACGAGGAGACCGUGCUGUCCGCUGUCACCACAAUCAUGUACCUGAGCUCGCCAGGCUCUGCCUCCCACCCUGAGCUGACUGCCAUGCCCGUGGUGCAGUGCAUGCUGCGCUUCUCUCUCUCGGCCAACACCAGGCUCCGGAACCUGGCCCAGAUCUUCCUCGAAGACUUCUGUUCCCCAAGCCAGGUGGCGGAAGCCCGUAGCUGGCGGGCUCACUCUGCCCUGGGUAUCCCACUGCCAAGGACUGAGGCCCUGCAGCAGCCCUGA